AUGGUCCCACGCUCACAUUAUCCCAGUACAUCUGUUGCCGGUGUGGACAUGGCAUUCACACGCAUGUCGACUACGUCUCAAUGGUUGUCCAUCAUUGUCUUGCAACUCAAUGUACUGCCUAUGUGCAAAAGGCAUACACCUCUGGCGCAGCGUUGCACAUGUGAAGCCCAACUUUGCGACCACAUCGCUACCAAUAAUCCAUACCAUUCUGCGGAACCAUGGAAUAUUUUGGAUUUCAUGGACAGUGAUGGCCCUUCUGGUGUAAACACGAUCAACAAUGGUCCUUUCAUGCCAAGAUCCGGGUUCUUUUCUUCCAACACUUCCGAACAAAACCUUAUCCCGGUCACUCCAACACAUAUGUCCUCACCUUAUAUCAGUUCCUAUGCAUUCAACUCUUCCCACGAUGCGAGGAACACUGGUAUCCCCUUCAUUCCCACACCAGUUUCUUCCCCCUCAGGAAGUAGCAUCUCAGUCGGUAUUCAACCGGAUAUCACUCAGAUCCAAGCUUAUAUCUCAGACGAUUCUUUUGUCCACUACCAGGACAAUUUCACUAACAACACCUAUGCUCAUUAG